GCCGAGGGGCUUAAGUUCUUCGUUUGCAAUGAGCGAAGGCGAUGACAACAGCUUUAAAGGGGCUGUUGAGGACUGGAACUACUUUUCCCGACAGUCUCUGCGACUUAGGCGGAAGCGAGGCAUGCUUCCAGGUAGCAGUGGGAUGCCUACGGUUCCAUUUCUAUCAUUUUCAAUCCUUGUGGGAAUUCUGGGGAUCUUGUGUUUGGGGCUUACAGUAUACUGGAGUCAGCACUGGCUUGGCGGCUUUGCCUGGGAUGGUUCUCAUAAGAUGUUUAACUGGCACCCAGCUCUCAUGGUGGCAGGCAUGCUGGUCUUGUAUGGUACAGCAGCACUGGUGUACCGUUUGCCCUUUUCCCAAACGGGGCCCAAGUUCCCUUGGAAGGUUCUGCACGCGACACUGACUCUCGUAGCCUUUGUCCUUGUCGUCCUGGGAUUGGAGGCUGUCUUUGAGUUUCACAGUGUGCAGAAGAUCCCUAACAUGUACUCUUUACACAGUUGGCUUGGGCUCUCUGCUGUGCUACUUUUUUCAUGCCAGCCUCAGAUACAAUGCAGAUACCACAAGGUAAGGCUUCCAAUUCAUGUUUCUCCCUUCCAGUGGCUGAUGGGGUUUGCUUCUUUUUUGAUGCCUUGGACCCCCAUCUGGUUCCGAGCCCUCUACAAACCUAUCCAUGUUUUCUUUGGCUCUACCAUCCUUGCUUUGGCUAUUGCAUCCUGCAUCUCAGGCAUUAAUGAAAAGCUAUUCUUCAGAUUAAAAAAUUCAACAACGCCAUACUCCAAGCUUCCUGCAGAGGCUUGGCUUGCAAACAUUCUGGGAAUGCUGAUUGUGGUGUUUGGAGUGUUAGUGUUGUUGGGUCUUGCCAUACCAGGAUGGAAAUGUCCAGAUGUGAAUUCACAAGACAUGCGAGAGCCUCUGUUACAGGAAGCCAGAUGAAGAGUUAGAAAGCAGCUGCAUGGAGCUACCAGUAAGGGGUUUGAUGGCCCUUUCUUCACUGAAGUUUGCAGCCUUGCUUGCUGCUGCCCUCAGUACAAGAACUCACAUCAUGAAUUGAUGCAGUAAGAGAAGAUUUUUCUGGUAACAGGCAUCCAAAUUUGUUCCUUUGAGCCUGAUUUUUAAACUUGUAGUGUUUGUACUAUCUUGGGCUGCUGGACAUUCAGCCACAUUUGAACAAACCUGUUUGCUAAAGUGCCAUAAAAUUCUCAGAUUUUUGUGCUUUUCUAUAGCUAACUAAAAUCCUAAAUCAUCAAGUAAAAGAAAAGCUGCCUUUUUUCUGAUUCUUCAGCAAAAGGAUUUUCUACAGUAGAUAUUUUGUGUGUGGUUUCAGUGUCGCAUUAUUUUUUAAUGGAAUAUGAUCUGAUAUUCUGUGGUUCAUACUGAAAAAGUAGAACAAUGUCCAGAUUCCACACAUCAUAGAACAGAGUUUGUUAGCUUUGGGUUAACAUGUUAGGUGAAGCCAGCUAAGAGUUGCAAGUGUAGAUGGCCUCAGCCUUCUCUUAAUUGAAAGGGAAAGGUUUUCAUCUUGUGCAGUAAUACAUCAGGUAGGUAGCCAAACCUUCUGCCACUUCACACACUGAGGUUGUGUUUAUAUAAUGUAUUAAGCCAUGAUUUGUUUAAUAGUGGUUUAUCAAAUAACAAGUAACUGGGUUCACAAAAUAUCUUGAACUAUAAACCUUGCUUUACAAAUCACAUUGCCUGGAUUCAUAUGAUAGGGCAAGUAAGCAAACCAAGUGUGGUACAGUGCAGUGAUUCUUAAACAUUUUGGUCUCAGAACCUGUUUACUUUCUUAAAAAUGAUUGAGGAUCCCAAAGAGCUUCGGUUUAUGUGGGUUAUAUCUAUUGAUACUUACUAUAUUAGAAAUUAAAACUGAGAAAUUUUAAAAUAUUUGACUUUGCAGACUCCCUGAAUGGAUCUCGGGGACUCCCAGACCACACUUUGAGAAUUGCUGGUAGAGUGUAUUAUGGAAAUGCAGCUACCCUGUUACCUUUCUAUGGUUUCUAUUUACUUUGAAUGAUCUUUCAAUUAGCGUAUCAAUGGAGAUAUUUUUUCAGGCCCUUUUUUCAUUUGAUUACUGUAAACACUUCUGAUCUAAAGCAAACAUUGUUUGAGAUUUCAUGGGCUGUAAUUAGGUACUCACACAAGCUCAUUAAAUAAAAAAUUUUAAAAAGUAUAUUUGGAAUUUUUCCAAAUGGUCAUUAACUUGAACUAGAUGUUUCCCACCCACAUGUUCUGCUGUAUCUAUUUGUGUCAGUGGAACAUAAUCUUUUUUCUGUGUUAACAGUAGGGCAAGUCUACUGAAAUUCACAUGCAUUUGAUGAUGAAGCAUAAUUAUUAAUGUUAGGCUGCUUUAAAAUAGAUGCCUCCCAUGUUUGCAAUAGAUUUAUUCUCAGAAUGAUAGAUUUUGUGCUUAUGUGAACUCACACACAGCAGGCCAGUUCAUAAAUAUAUUAUAAUAAUGUCAGUCUGUAACAGGUGUAUGAUGUUACUCUACAUCUAACUUUACUUUUUGCUUACAGCUGCAAUCUAAUCAGCUUAUUUUUAGCCAUCUUUCAUUAGUUUAAAUAUGAGACAUUACAUUGGGUCACAUGUCUGGUCUAACAGGAUAUAUCACCUUAUAUUGCUAAGUCAUGAGAUUAGAUCUUACAAUUCAAAUAAAAUAUUAAUGGACCCUU